AUGCCCACCGCGGACGAAGACAAGCGCAAAGCGGCACGCGAAACAAUCGACAUCCUCCACGAAAUCUCGACACUGCUGUAUGACAGCGGGCAGUGGAUGCUAACGACAUUCAAGAAUACCAAUCUGGACCGACACACGCUUUCCUACUGCGUGUCGCUGAUCGAGAAUGGUGUGAAUCCGGAGGCACUUGCGAACGUCGUUGUCGAUCUGCGUGCCCAGAGCAAGCGCCUACAAGCGGAAGGGGCGAACGUGACCUGA